CUACACAGAGCUCUGAGCGGAUGUUUCCGGUUAUGACCGUUUUUUGACAGUUCAGGACAGACCGUCACUGUGUCAGUGGCUGUCAUAGAUGGCCCAGCUGUGUGUUGAGGUAGAAUGGGACAGAGCACAUCAGGCCCAGAGUCUGCAGAAGCUCCACAGCUGGACGGAUUUGGAAACAUCAAGAGUUUGUUGGAGGAUCAGCUGCAGACCAGCAUGGUGGUGGGAAUUGUAAUCGGCGCUGGAGUAGCCAUCGUGCUUAUCGCUGUCCUGAUAUUUUUUGUCCUGCGCAGGAUGCACCUCCGCAAACGUGAAGCUCAGGAAGCCCCGAAAUAUCGUUUUCGUAAAAGAGACAAAGUCUGGUUUUAUGGGAGGAAGAUAAUCAGGAAGGUGUCUCAGUCCACCUCUUCACUAGUGGGCUCCGCUUCAUCCUCCAGGCCCCGCCUCAAAAAGAAACAGAAGAUGCUAAAUAUUGCCAAAAAGAUCCUGCGCUUUAAGAAAGAAGUGCCCUCUCUGCAGAUGAAGGAACCUCCUCCGUCAGUGCUGGAGGCAGAUCUCACAGAGUUCGACGUGGCCAAUUCUCAUCUGCCAUCUGAGGUGCUCUACAUGCUGAAGAACGUGCGUGUGUUGGGUCACUUCGAGAAGCCGCUGUUCCUGGAGCUGUGUAAGCACAUGGUGUUUCUGCAGUUCCAGCAGGGUGAAUACGUCUUCAGACCCGGUCAGCCUGAUAGCAGCAUAUAUGUGGUACAGGAUGGCAAGCUGGAGUUGUGUCUUACUGGACAGGAUGGAAAGGAUGGAGUGGUCAAAGAGGUUUACCCUGGAGACAGUGUUCACAGUCUACUGAGCAUCCUUGAUGUCAUCACAGGUCACCAGAGACCAUAUAAGACUGUUUCAGCGAGAGCGGCAGAAGUGUCCACUGUCCUCAGACUACCUGUCGAUGCCUUUCUGUCCAUCUUUGAGAAAUACCCAGAGAGCCUUGUGCGGGUGGUUCAGAUCAUCAUGGUCCGUCUUCAGAGGGUGACCGUUCUGGCCCUUCACAACUACCUGGGGCUCACCAAUGAACUCUUCAGCCAUGUGAAUGAACAGAGAGCUACACUCCAUGACACGCAGGCUCGUCCCUCUCCUGCCUCCCCUCAUCCAACACGCUCCAGUCCCAUACGACACAGCAAACGCUUUGGCAGUCUCACUGUUCCUGAUAAACAUCGUGAGGCUGCCGUCCAAAAUGCUACUGGUGGGGAUCUUGGGAAGGAUGGUGGCACAACAUUGACCCUCAGUAGGACUAUAUCUAUGCCUGUAGACAUCGCUGGAAUUCAGAAGGGUCUACGUUCAGAUUUCGACAUGGCUUAUGAGAGAGGCCGUAUCUCUGUAUCUGCUGAGGAUGGAGCGCCCCCUCCACCUGCUUUCACACGAGAGCAGCGGGAGAGGAAGGUGAUGGUGGAUGAGGCUCCUUCAAGUGUGUAUUUGUAUCCUGAGGACGAGUCCGGAGUGGAGAACAUUUUUAGCCCAUUUCAAGGACGACCUAAUGCCACAGUGUUCGACGAGGCCCAGAAAGAGAUUCUCAAACUCAUGAAGAUUGAGGACCCUGCACUGCUGAAUGGGAGGGUGACGUUUCAUCAUGUUAAAGCUGGAUCUGUGUUAGCCAGACAGGGAGACCAGGAUGUGAGUCUGCAUUUUGUCCUGUCUGGCUGUCUUCAUGUCUAUCAGAAGAUGAUUGACAAGCAGGACGCAGUGUGUUUGUUUGUGACCCAGUCGGGUGAGAUGGUAGGUCAGCUGGCUGUACUCACAGGAGAGCCGCUCAUCUUUACCAUUAAAGCGGAGCGUGACUGUACCUACCUCAAGAUCUCCAAAUCUGACUUCUAUGAGAUCAUGCGUGAGCAGCCAAGUGUAGUUCUCAGUGCAGCUCACACCGUGGCUAUCCGCAUGUCCCCGUUUGUACGGCAGAUGGAUUUCGCCAUUGACUGGAUGGCUGUUGAAGCCGGACGGGCCCUGUACAGGCAAGAUGAUCAGUCCGACUGUACCUAUAUUGUGCUGAAUGGACGACUGCGUUCGGUCAUCCGAAAAGCGAAUGGGAAGAAGGAGCUGGUUGGAGAGUAUGGACGGGGAGACCUCAUUGGAGUUGUGGAGGCUUUGACUCGACAGCCUCGUGCCACCACAGUCCAUGCAGUCAGAGACACUGAGCUGGUGAAGCUUCCAGAAGGAACGCUCAACAAUAUUAAGAGAAGAUACCCACAGGUGGUGACACGCUUGAUUCAUCUGCUGGGGCAGAAGAUUUUGGGGAACCUUCAACAACCCCGUGGACCUUUUUCAAGCUCUGCCUUGGGUCUGCCAAGCAUGGCGUCGAGUCCUGAUGUCACUAACCCAGCCAGUAAUCUCUCCACUGUGGCCGUGCUUCCUGUUUGUGAUGAGGUGCCAAUCAGUGCCUUCAAUUUGGAGCUCAGCCACGCCCUCAGUGCCAUAGGACCAACUCUGCUGCUAACCAGUGACAUCAUCAGAGAGAGACUUGGCGCUUCUGCAUUGGACAGUAUUCAUGAGUACAGGUUAUCAGGUUGGUUGGCUCAGCAGGAAGACAUUAAUCGUAUAGUGCUGUAUCAGACGGACAGCAGUAUGACCCCAUGGACUCAACGCUGCAUCCGUCAAGCAGACUGCAUUCUCAUUGUGGGGCUCGGAGACCAGGAACCUGCACUUGGAGAGUUGGAGCAGAUGUUAGAGAACACAGCGGUACGAGCCCUGAAGCAGUUAGCCCUGCUGCAUCGUGAGGACGGGCCGGGACCGUCGAGAACCGUUGAAUGGCUAAACAUGCGCAGCUGGUGCUCUGGACACCUUCACCUAAAGUGCCCCCGUAGAGUUUUCUCAAGAAGAAGCCCCUCCAAACUGCGAGAGGUAUAUGAAAAGGUUUUUGAGAAGACUGCAGACAGACACAGUGAUUUCUCACGGCUGGCCAGAGUACUAACAGGAAACAGCAUCGCCCUCGUACUCGGUGGAGGCGGAGCCAGGGGCUGCUCUCAUGUUGGUGUAAUCAAAGCCAUGGAGGAAGCAGGAAUUCCCAUUGACAUAGUGGGAGGGACUUCCAUUGGCUCAUUCAUUGGUGCUCUGUAUGCAGAGGAGAGAAGUGCUGUUCGGGUCAAGCAGAGGGCGAGAGAGUGGUCAAAGGCAAUGAACUCUGUGUUCAAAACGGUAUUGGACCUUACUUAUCCAAUCACGUCCAUGUUCUCUGGCUCUGCUUUCAACACCAGCGUCUCCAACGUCUUUGAGGACAAACAGAUCGAGGACUUGUGGCUGCCUUACUUUAAUGUGACCACAGACAUCACAGCUUCUGCUAUGCGUGUUCAUAAAGAUGGCUGUGUUUGGCGCUAUGUUAGAGCCAGUGCCUCCUAUACCCCUUAUCUGCCUCCUCUCUGCGACCCCAAGGACGGCCACCUCCUCGUGGAUGGUUGCUAUGUUAACAAUGUCCCAGCGGACAUAGCUCGUAAUAUGGGCACAAAAACAGUCAUCGCCAUUGAUGUGGGCAGCCAGGAUGAGACUGAUCUCUGUAACUACGGUGACAGUCUUUCUGGCUGGUGGCUGCUAUGGAAACGAAUCAACCCGUGGGCAGAGAAAGUGAAGGUUCCUGACAUGGCUGAAAUCCAGUCCCGUUUGGCCUAUGUAUCUUGUGUACGGCAACUGGAACUUGUCAAGAAGAGCGCAUACUGCGAAUAUAUUCGGCCACCCAUCGACCGCUUUAAGACCAUGGACUUUGGGAAAUUUGAUGAAAUCUAUGAUGUGGGUUAUCAACAUGGUAAAUUAGUGUUUACUGAGUGGGCUCGUGGGGACAUUAUUAAAAAUGUUCUGAAAGACCAUCGCUCUGCGGAUUACAAUGACAGCAAGAAGACUGAUUCAUGCACAUGUCCUAGUGCAGACUUCACUGAUCUAGCUGAAAUUGUGUCCAGGAUUGAGCCGGUGCAGAGCUACUUAGCUGAUGCAGAGGAGUCUGACUAUGCGACAGAGUAUGAGGAGGAUGGGAUGGACAUAGUGAGAGAGGCGGAGGGUGAGGAAGAGGAGGAGGAGGAGGCUGAAGACCCUGAGGACCAGUCUCCUGGAGAAUGGGGACCAAAUGGGAUCUUCACAUCAGAUGAAGAGAAGACAGUCCGUCAGAGGAAGAACAUCACCAGGGAACCCAACAUGGACUUCUCUUAAAGGGAGUAAUGCAGAAUCAAAGGGCACUGAAAAGAGAAGCAGAGUCCCAACAGGGCCUGAAGAAUACAAAGACAAAUACAGAAGAAACGACUUCUUAAUUAAUACGAUUGUUGGAAAGUCACCAAAGAUACUGUGAUUUAGACCCCAUUAACACAUUACCCACAAUUUGUCACCAAAACUGUGACUCAGUUACGCCUUUGGGAUUUUGUCACUCACGACUCUACAACAACAGGGUCCAGGGACUGUGGGGGCCCAGCAAGGCAGAGGAACCACUCCUUGAAAUACUUUGCCUCUGAAAUUAGGGGCUCUACAUCUUUUGAGAUGUUUGGGCAGUUUCAUGGGAAAUAAUGUCUACAGUAGUGGCCAGCAUACCACUAUCCCUAAGUUCUGAUUUUCCUGUCUGUUUUCAGACGAUACCAGUUCAUACUAGAGAUAGUGUGUGAUGUGACUGACAUGUGAUUUUAAUUUAAUUUAAUUAAUUUGUGGGUGUGUGUGGGUGUGUGUGUGUGUGUACGGCCACAACCUAAACAUGCAUUGGCAACUUCUUCCAUAAAGUACCUUCUAGACUGAAAAUGGCUUCCCAGGAUGUAUUGUUGAAGGUCUGAAGCUGAGAAAAGACUGUGUAGGUUAAGAAAGACUUUAAAAGGAAGAGAUGCUACUUCAUAGGGUCCUAUCAUUUCAAAGGUUUGAUUGUGAUUUGAUGGUAUUUGAUGUAAGGUUGCAAUGCUUGCACAUUAUUAGAAAAAAUAACAUCAGGUUUUCAGCAAAAAAUUUUUACUGAUAUCUAAUAUUAUUUUAAAGAGGGAUAACAGUUGAAAGAUAUGUGGGUGGUCAAAUGUGGUGUAAAUUAUAAGGGAAGAUUUUGAUGGGAUUGGAAAAUUCUGUACAGAUGAAUUGACUGCUGAGAUGGAAAUGUGGAAAUAUGGAUACAUUCGAAGGGAAUGAAAUGAUGAAAAGAUGAAAAAAUGAAAGAAUGAUAAAAACAAAUCUAGGGAGGUAGAGUGAGGUAGGUAAAAAAAAUGAAGUAGGGUUUGAUAAGAACAAAAAGAGUGAGGUAGUAAUAAUGAUAUGUAAUGAGGAACCGAGUGUGAGCAUGGAAGAAAGAGAGGACGUGUGUGUGGAAAAGAACCAGGAAGUGAGUGGGGUAGAGAGUGAGGAAGUGAUCGCUGUAGUGAGUAAGAAAUAUUAUUGCGGGAAUGAGUGAGAAAGUGUUUGUGGUAGAGUGCAAGGAAGUGAUUGAGGUAAUGAGCAAGAAAAUGAUUGCAGGAGUGAGAGAGAAAGUGGUCGUGGUAGAGAGCAAGGAAGUGAGAGCUGUAGGGAGGAAGUGUGUCAUGGGUGUGAGUGAGAAAGUGGGUGCGUUAAAGAGAGAUAGGAAGUGAAGAGUAGAAGAGUGAGAAAGUGAAUGUGGUAAAGAGUGAGCAAGUGAUUGAGAGGAAGUGAGCAGAAGAGUGAGAAAGUGAAUGCAGUAAAGAGAGGAAGUAAGAGCGAGGAAGUGAGAGUGGAAGAGUAAGAAAGUGAAUGCGAGGAAGUGAGAGUAGAAGAGUGAGAAAGUGAAUGCGGUAGUGAGUGAGGAAAUGAUUGUGUGAGUGAGCGAGUGAGAAAGUGGUCAUGGUAGAGAAUGAGUGGGUCGUGGGUGUGAGUGAGGAAGUGAGUGCUAUAAAGAGUCAGGAAGUGGAUACGGUAGAGCAAGAACAGUAAAGAGUGUGAGGAAGUGAAGAGCGGUAGUGAGGGAGGAAGUGAUGGCAGCAGAGAGUGAAAAAUGAGUGAGGAAACGAAUGCAUAAGGAGGGGAGCAUUUCAUUUAGGGGUUUCUAUAAUGCCAAAAUACUUCAUGUGGAAUUGGAUGCAUGUUUGUCUUUUGCCUGUGUGUGUGUGUGUGUGUGAGUGUGUGUGUUUUCAGCUUUUCAGAAAUGCAGAACUACUUGUGUUUCAGGUAGAGGUGGAUUCCUUUUUUCAUAAAAAAAAAAAAAAAAAAAAAAAGUUAUAUUGCUGAAUGAGUGCCAGGGACACAGUGUCCAGUACUGGAGAAGAUCUUACAAAGCCAAAUGUCAUCCUUCCUAUAUUUACCAACCUAGUGUCCAUAAUCAAUGUAUAUUAUCUCACUGAGAUGUACAUGUUCCUCAGUCCUUGAUGCUUUUGCUUUGUUUCAGUCUUUAAUGCUGAGACGGUUUGUUUUUUAAUAUAAUAAGAUCUGAAAAGAUUGCCAACUACUAUUUAAUUUAUUUAUUUUACAACUAGCUUUUUUAAAAUAGCUUUUAAAAAACUUUAGAUUGUAAACAAUAACAGUAAGCAGUUUCUUAUUUUGCUUGUUUAGCAUUUUUGCACCGAUGAUAAUGAAGACAAAAUUAUUUUGAAAUACUUUACUAUAUCUAAUAUGAGAAAUAGCUGAGGUACAGAUGGGUCGGUGUGCGACUGUUUGAAACCUCCGAAAUAAAUGCUGAAUAAUGAAUAAUAAAAACCUAUUUAAUGCA